UUCGCGGCGCUCCGCUUCCUACUUGGGAUGCAGCUGCUGAAGGGAGUCAUGGCCAACUUCCGGAUAGCACUCAUCCAGCUCCAGGUAUCAGCUGCCAAAACAGAAAACCUGAACCGAGCCAGUGGCCUUGUAAGGACUGCAGCCACACAAGGGGCAAAGCUUGUAAUUCUGCCAGAAUGCUUCAAUUCUCCCUAUGGCACACAAUUUUUUCCAGAAUAUGCAGAGAAAAUCCCUGGUGAGUCCACACAGAAGCUCUCUGAAAUUGCAAAGGAAUGCAACAUAUACCUGAUUGGAGGUUCUAUUCCAGAAGAGGAUGCUGGGAAGUUGUAUAACACAUGUACAGUUUUUGGUCCUGAUGGUGCUAUGUUAGCAAAGCACAGAAAGAUUCAUUUGUUUGACAUUAAUGUUCCUGGGAAAAUUCGGUUCCAGGAGUCAGAAACUUUGAGCCCCGGCAGUAGUUUCUCUGUGUUUGAUACUCCAUACUGCAAGAUAGGACUUGGGAUCUGCUAUGACAUUCGCUUUGCUGAGCUUGCUCAGAUCUACACACAGAAAGGUUGUCAGCUCUUGGUGUAUCCUGGGGCUUUCAAUCUAACAACAGGUCCAGCCCACUGGGAGCUGCUGCAGAGAGGACGAGCUGUUGAUAACCAGGUCUAUGUGGCUGGUGUAUCUCCUGCUAGGGAUGAGAAGGCAUCUUAUGUAGCAUGGGGCCACAGCACUGUAGUGAAUCCAUGGGGGGAAAUCAUAGCCAAAGCUGGCGCUGAGGAAACAGUUAUAUAUGCAGAUAUAGACCUAAAGAAGCUUGCAGAAGUUCGUCAGCAAAUCCCCAUUUUUUCCCAGAAGCGCUCAGACCUUUACACUGUUCAAGCAAAGACUGCGUGAUAGAAUGUCUUAUACCUACAACCACAGUCCACAGCUCUUUAUGUAUAGGUUAGAUGGAAGCUUGUGCAGUUGAGUGAAUUGGGGGAAGCUUCAGUGCUGCACAAGGUCCCUUAAUUUAAUUUUAUUAUAUUGAUUAUAUUUAUAUUCCGCCCUCCCCGCUUUCGCAGGCUUAAUUGAAACUCCCUGAGCUGUUUUUCCAGGUGAAUACUGCUUAUCAUCCAAGACUUGUUCUACUUUUCUUAUAGACUUCUGUGACGGACUGCACUUAACAACAGGUUUCCAAAGUGCAGCAAAAUCAGAGAGCUGGGAGAGGAAGAGUUAACUAUUCCCUAGAAUGGAGAGCUUGAGUGACAGGCUGCUCCUCUUCUCUGAUUGGUCAGUUAGAACCAGUCUGCCUUAACUGGAGUAUAACUGUCCUGAAGAAUUCUAUCUAAAAAUUCAAAGUUGUGUCAACAUAAGCUAAGGUACCGUUUACACAGACACCAGAGAACUGGGAGCGUGUUUUGUUGAGAAUGAUUGGGUAGUGGGUUGAGACUCCCUUUCAAGCCAAAAAGAAGGGGUUAUAGCUUCUGAGGAGAAGAUUAAUGCUGGCCCAGCUUAGAAAGGGGUUUGGAUCUGAGUAAGACCCUGGGUCUGUCGUGAAAGGAAAACAGUUUUAGACUACUCAAGAUAAAGAAAUACCCUCCAGUUUCAAGAAAGGAGCAAGUUAGGUGCACAAAGAAAGUGACUAACUCCAGAAAACCUGAACUGUCAUAGUAAACAUCCUGGAGAAACAUUAUUGCUGUACUUAAAAUUACUAAGUAAAACACUUCUCAUAAGAACCAAGAAUAUAUGAAAAUAAGCUUCAAGGAUACUCUUUUGCCUGUUAUACAAAGUGUAUUCUGUAAUACCAACAAAAUUUACCCCUGCAUUUCCAUCCACUGACUAUACUUACUCAGUCCCUGCUAUGAAAUAAAGUUCUUUUUUUAAUGUUAAA